UUCUCAAGGUAUUGCUUUUUGCGCUUUUUACCUCGUUGACGCCUCAGCAUGUUUACGAACUUACGAACGAUGCGCUGUCAAAUGCUUGUUGUUUGUUCCCGGGCUUUUGCGUCGUACAAAGCUCAAAGCGAAGUGCUGGCACAACUAUUAUAAUAAUUAAAAAUAAGGAAACAGGCCCCAUUGCGUGUGAAAUGGAAUUCUAAUUCUCUAUUGUUUCUGUGUCUACCAUUUCGGAAUUAUAUCUUCAACUUUUCAUCGUUCACGAAAUUUUUAGGAACUACAUCGCUGUAGUUGCGGAAGUGGCGCAGCAGGAAGUCGCCGCCUCACAGCAGCAUCGUUCACGGCGCCAAAGUUUCAUUCCUGCGCAGACCGCGCGUUUUGUGUUGUGAAGUUUUUAGCUUUUUUUUCACGCCACAUGUACUUUCGUGUGUCUAAUUACGGCGAGUUAUUUCUCACUCACGUGAAUGCAACUCUCGGUACUGUUGCCAAAAGCAGUGUGUUCUCUCGCAGACGAUGCACGCGUUCGUUAAAUACGUGGAUGACGGCAUGGAAGCUGUGCUUCCUGUCAAUCUUAUUAAAGAUUUUCGUCCCGCAACAACGAAUGGCUGCAAGAAAGUCAUUAGGGAGGCAUUUUGGUGUGACGAAGAUGGUGAAUUAGCUGGCUAUUAUUCUGCAGAGGUGAAAAUGUUAGCAGAGACGGAGGACCUCCUAAUACAGACGAUGUUGGCACAAAACAUUGCUAUUCCCCGGAUAUUGAGGAGUGAUUGCGCAUCAGGUGUACCGACAGAAGGAACUCCUCCAACAAAGAAGCAACGAAGAUUAAAUGAAAAAGUAUCUCGCAACAGAGACAUGAGGAGAAUUAUGUCAAAGGAGGGAGAAGCACCCAUGGCAGCAGCGGUCAUCCCUGUGGACACACCAACACAGCCAGGAAGCGAUGCUCAAAUGGGCCUCCUCCAAUCAGCGCAGGAGCUACGUGCUGCCUGGACCACACUGAACUCCCCUGAGAAUGCAACCGACAUGUGGAUGCAUGAACCAGUCACUGUGUGUCACCAGGAAACCUGUGCCGAACCUUUCAGUUGUACCCCUACCAUUGACAGUGUUGCUCGGAAUGAGGAUACGUCUCACAGCACACGAGAAUAUCAGAAAAUGAUGCCACAUCCACCAGAUCAGACCUGCACUACGUCGUCGACUCCCAUUGAUUCCCAACAGAGGAACAGCACAGCCAACAUUGAGUCCGUGACAGGGCCUCGCCAAAGACCUAAGGCAGCAUCAUGUGUACAGGGAAAGGGCAAAGCUCAGAACAGAAGCUCAGUUCCACUACUGAAGGCUGUUGAGAACAAGGUCACUGCGUCGUGCUUGCAGGUAGAAAGCUGUGUGCAGCCUCACAGUCCCACCCGCUCUGUUGACAUUGUUGCUAGGGAUGAGGAUGGUUCUACCAGCACGGUGGAAAGUCAGAAACUGAUGCCACGUCCGCCGGGUGAGCCCUGCACCGCGUCAUCGACUCCCACUUAUUCGCAACAGAACAGAAGCACAGCCAAUGUUGAGUUCAUCACGCAGCCUCACCAAAGACUUAAACCAAGAAAAGGCAAAUGGGUGGUCCAGAAUACAAGUUCUGUGCCACUACUCAAGGUAGUUGAGAAUAAAGUGCACAUGGGAAAUGACAUCUAUGUGAGCCAGGAGAAGCUAACAUGGGAGAUGGAAUCGAAUAAGGACUCCAGGUUUUGUCGUGAUAUGUCACGACUAGUAUGGACUGAUGAAGAGCUGCACGGAAGGAGCGUGACUGGCAAAGCCUGCAACCGUUUCGCAAAAGAGGGUGCAGUGCCCAAGCCUCCACUUACACCUGUCAAGGUCCAGGCAGUCUUUAAUGGGUACCACCAUUUUGUGCUGUCAAAAGAAACCCCAGCACCAUCCCCGAAGAGGAUCAACAGUUUUGCGCUACACAUGAGGAGCUUCCUCAAUGAUUUGAAUAAAGAGCAAAAUCUGUGUUGGUCAGGACUGCAAUCUGAAUCUCACAGCAAGGUCCUGUAG